AUGAAUGGCCAUAUGAUUAUGUCAACUAAUCAAAAACAGAUUUAUUCAAAUAAACCAUGUCAACAAGAGUGUAGUUCAUCGAUUGUAUCAGGUACACGAGAAAGUUUAACCAGUGGAAAUGGUUAUUUCACUGGAGAUGAUGAUUGUGGUUCAGUUGGUGGAAGUAGUGGACGUGUAGUAAAAUUCUCUAUUCAUUCAACUGACCUUAAUGAUGAUGAUGAUGAUAAUCAUGACAGAACUAAACAAAAACCAUCUGAUCCCCCUGUCAACAAACAACUCACUCCACCAAUUGUCAUUAACUAUUAUGAUGAAUCGAACACAAUAGAACCACACUAA